GGCAAUUGUCGUAGCCGGGCCCAUAUGUUGCUUAGGCAAGGAGAUGAGAAGCCUCAGGAGUCAUUUUAUGGGUGGAGUACACAAAGCUCUUUGCCCAUUCAAAGUAGAAGGACAUGCAAUGUGCGCAAUGUGCAAUACAAAAGUCAAGCGUGGAUCGAUAAAGUGGCAUUCUGAAGAUUGUCCAGCACAAACAAGGGGGUGAACAUGUUAUGCCGGGGAUUGUACGUAGAGUAGUGAGCCAGGGCGAUUUCAGGCCGGAUAGAACGUUGCCGAUUUUCUUCCCUCCCUUGCAUGCACUGCUACAGUGCGUACAACCAUCCCUUCUACCGCCAGCUACCACCGUGGCUUCGGUGGCGCACGUGCAGUGGUCAUUGUGCUCGGUCCACUCACCAUCACGCUGCCAUCGAGCCACAUUGACAAAGCCACGCCUGUCCGAGUGAUUUAUGCCACGGCCAAAGCCACAGAUGGGUCACAAUCACAGACGUAUUGACAAUCUCUGUCCGGUAAUUGUCUCUUGUGCAACGCGUUGUCCUGACGUGAUAUAUCGCCACGACAGCCACAUUGCAAUUGUUUAUAAAGGUCAGCCUCUCACACUCUGUACUCAUUCCACUACCCCGUGUCGUGAUUCCCUCUACCGUCACACUGCUCCCGCAUCCUUGGACUACGAUAGCGAUCUUUCCUCACCAAAAACCAUGCAGCGUUCAAAAAAUGCCGCAAAGGGAGCUCCCAAGAGAUCUUCGUCAUUUUCCGUGCGAAAUCCACCAAAGGCUACGCCGAUCAGCAGAACCCUGUCAAUGCCAGCCGGAGUAUUUACUCCAUCUAUCAAGCAGAGAAUGUCUCCUGUGGCCUCCUCUACUAUUGCGGAAGAGUCUGAGUCCGAGGCUGCGAUAGACAUACCCCCUGUGUUGGAAGCCUCUCCCAAUAGCGAGGGUGGUUCGUCCAAUGAACAGGAUGAUACACAGCCUCACUCAUUGUCGACCGUAGACGAGGAGGUGAUGGCACAAGGCUUUUUCCCACUUGAUUCUACGUCAGAAUUUGAAGAAGACAUACCUUACCCAGAAUCAUUUGAUGCAGAGUGGUCGGAAUUUUGGACGAAAGUGUGGGAAAGGGCUCUCGAAGAGAGCAAGGAUUUGGACGGAGGAGACUUGAAUGCGUAUUGGGCGAGGUUUUUGGGAUAUCCCACGGAGGCAGAGUUGAAAAAGUACGAAGGGGAGGCCCAGAAGUUGGUGGAUGGUAUGAGUUCCGGCGAACUCGAGCUGCUCCAAAAAAUCGUACAAUGAUCGUAAUUUCCUCAGAUGUAAACAAAUUCCGAUCUUUCAGAGAACCAGACGGAUAUAAAUCAAUAUACAGUGUGUUUUCU